UUUCGAUUUGGAUCACUUAAUCAUGCUUCGAUUCCAACGUCGUGCGCUGGGUCCACUCCAACAGCGCGUGGCAUCGUUCUCUUCCACGGCCACCAAAGAAAAGCUCUUUGACAAGGUUCUCAUCGCCAACCGUGGGGAAAUUGCGUGCCGUGUCAUCCGCACGUGUCGCCGCCUUGGAAUCAAGACUGUGGCUGUGUACUCGGAACCUGAUGUGAACUCUGUGCAUGUGCGCCUUGCAGACGAAGCUGUCUGCGUCGGUCCUGCCAAAUCUGCGUCCAGUUACCUCAACAUUGACCGCAUCAUGGACGCCGUUCGUCAAACAGGCGCUCAAGCGGUCCACCCUGGCUACGGCUUUUUGUCGGAGAACAAGUUGUUUUGCGAAGCUUUGGACAAAGCUGGUGUGACAUUUAUUGGACCUGGAUUUCAUGCGAUUGAAGCGAUGGGGGAUAAGAUCGAGUCCAAGCAAAUUGCUAUCGACGCCGGAGUCAACACAAUUCCGGGAUAUCAAGGCGUGAUCCAAGAUGAAGAGGAAGCUGUCAAGGUUGCUCGCGACAUUGGAUACCCAGUCAUGGUGAAGGCGAGUGCCGGUGGAGGUGGCAAGGGUAUGCGCGUCGCGUACAACGACGCCGAAGUGCGCGAAGGGUACCGUUUGUCCAAGGAAGAAGCGGCCAACUCGUUCGGGGACGACCGCAUGUUCAUUGAAAAAUUUAUCGAAGACCCGCGACACAUUGAAAUUCAGCUCUUGGCCGACAAGCACGGCAACUUUGUCCCGUUUCCUGAACGUGAAUGCUCCAUUCAGCGCCGCAACCAAAAGGUGAUUGAAGAAGCGCCCAGUAUGCUCUUGGACGAUGCCACGCGCCGCGCCAUGGGUGAACAAGCUGUGAUGCUGGCCAAGAAAGUCGGGUACACGUCGGCCGGUACGGUGGAGUUCCUCUGCGACAAGCACAAGAACUUUUACUUUUUGGAAAUGAACACUCGUCUCCAAGUUGAACACCCAGUCACAGAGCUCAUCACCAAGGUCGAUUUGGUCGAGCAAAUGCUUCGAAUUGCAGCGGGUCACGCUCUGCCCGCCCACUUGACGUCGGGUCCUUUACCGAUCUAUGGUUGGGCCAUGGAAUCCCGCGUAUACGCUGAAGACCCACUCCGCGGGUUUUUGCCAUCCAUUGGGCGCUUGCUGACUUAUCAAGAACCUCACCACCUUCCUGGUGUCCGCGUCGAUUCGGGUGUAUCGGAAGGAAGCGAUAUCAGCAUGCACUACGACCCGAUGAUUUCCAAGUUGGUUACCCACGGCAAGGACCGCAAAGAGUGCUUGGAGCGAAUGAAGUUUGCAUUGGACCACUAUGUGAUCCGUGGCCCGGGCAACAACAUGGCGUUCAUGCAGGACGUGUACCGCCAUCCGCGCUUUGAGUCAGGCAACAUCACGACCAAGUUCAUCGCAGAAGAAUAUCCCGAAGGUUUCUCCGGAGUCAAGCUCAACCCUGCGCAAACGAACGAAAUGAUCGUGGCGGGGGCUCUCAUGCACUUCAAGGCAUUGCCGACCGCCAAGAAGACCGCGGUGCAAGUCUGGACUACCCGAAGCAACGUGACAGUGACCCAGUUGCCUACGCUUUUCCAAGGCGUGGUCUCGCUCGAAGUCGAAAAUGCUUCGUCGUUGGACGUAUUGUCGUGGUUGAACGAACUACCGGCAACUGUUGGUUCGCAUGUGUUUGUGAGUACGGACGGUCCGUUUGGCCAAGCGCAUGCCGUGCGUGCGGUUGCCGUCGGCUCCACUAUAUACGCGAGUGUGGAUGGCACGUCCGGUUGGGUCGUUGUCAACGAUUUCGACUGGUCGCCCAAGCUCCCGUUGUUCAGCGCCGAAAUUUCAUCAAAGCAACGAGCGCUGCAAGUGCUCAAGAAGCUUCCGGAAGGGUUCAAGAUCCAGCACCACGGCGCCAUCCACGACGUGAUUGUGCGAUCGCCCAAGGAGCACGAACUGUCGGUGCACAUGAAGCCCAAGCCCAAGGUGGACUUGAGUCGAUUCGUGCUUUGUCCUAUGCCUGGGCUUUUGGUGUCAGUUGCUGUCCAAGUCGGUGACACGGUUCAAAUUGGCCAGGAAGUGGCGGUCGUUGAAGCCAUGAAGAUGCAAAACGUCAUUCGAGCGUCCAAGAAAGGGAAAAUCAAGGCUGUACUGCACCCUGCGGGAGCCGCCCUCAAAGUGGACGAGGUUAUCGUUGAAUUCGAAUAGACGAUAUGUUCCAAACGUAAUAUCCCAUCUUAUGGACCAAAAAUCGACUCAAAUUUAUUUGUUUUUUUAACCAAA